ACUGAAGCGUCAUCUAGCGUCGAAGAUGGAUUCCGAUUAGAAUAUUUACAUUUAUCAUCAAAUGCCAAAGUAUUUGAAUCGAUUCGAGGUUAUAUUUUGUUGCUGUAAAAUAUUAAAAUAAUGGAACCACCACCGAUAUUACCUGAUAUCGAGCACCUACUAAGGAACUAUCUGAUUUGUCCUGAUAAAUUGCCAAUACAUAAAUAUGAGAGGAGCCAGGAAUUUUGGCCCAGGACCUCAAAUUAUGAAUCCCUUUUGCACUAUGAUGGUUCGCCGUUAGCCACGACCCUCAAGGUGCAACGUGAUCCUAAUACUGGGGAGAUAACUGAAUUUAAAGAGGUUCCUAUACAAGGAGCCGGAGCUACUGCUAAAAACUCAAUGUCUUUAACCAGAGCACCAGGAUUACCUUCAGAAACUGUUCGAGGUUGUGCCUCUUAUAUACCAUUUAUGCCAGCAGGCUUUCAUGAAGCAGAAGUGGACUUGCCAACUGAAUCAGAAUUAUUAGAUAAAAAUUUGUUAACUGUGCCCCCAGGUUUCAACAGGGGUAUAACAUUUAAAGAAGAUGGGUUUACUGUGGAAAAUGAUAAAGAUAAAAUUGCUGUCAAGGAUGUUGUAAUUGGUGCUAACAACAAACUUAAUCUAUUUGAUUUGUUGAAUAAUGAGGAUAAUUUCUCAGAUGUUUGGAAUGUUGUGCAAACACCGAAAGCGGAUCAAGAGGUGUCUGUUAACUCGGAAGAACUUCCGGAAGAAGCUGAUGUUAUACCUAAGGAAGUACCAUUAUUGGUUAUUAGUAAGGAGGUAGAGCAUACUUCAAUGAAGGGGACGGAAUUCGCUAUAUUAUUGGACUCGACGAAGCCGAUUCCGGAUUUUAACGAACGCAUUCCGGAAAUGGCUCAUCAAUAUCCAUUCGAAUUGGAUACAUUCCAAAAGCAAGCUAUACUUCAAUUGGAACAACACAAUCACGUCUUUGUUGCAGCUCACACGUCUGCGGGAAAAACUGUUGUGGCGGAGUACGCUAUUGCUUUAUCUAAGAAACAUAUGACUAGGUCAAUUUAUACCUCUCCAAUUAAGGCACUGUCCAAUCAGAAGUACAGAGAUUUCAAGCAAAUUUUCAAAGACGUCGGUUUAAUCACCGGUGACUUCCAAAUCAAUCAAACUGCUUCUUGUCUCAUAAUGACCACGGAGAUUUUGAGAAGCAUGCUGUAUUGUGGAAGCGAUGUUACCAGAGACUUGGAGUAUGUAAUCUUUGACGAAGUACAUUACAUCAACGAUAAAGAGAGAGGACAUGUUUGGGAACAGGUUUUGAUCUUGUUGCCGGCGCACGUGUGCGUCGUUCUCCUCAGUGCCACAGUACCAAAUACGACGGAAUUUGCCGAUUGGUUGGGAAGAACUCAUCAAAGAAAAGUUUACGUAGUCACCACGUACCAAAGACCCGUUCCACUCGAACAUUACCUGUACACUGGAACUGGAGGUAGUACUAAAGAUAACAGAUAUUCGAUAUUGAGCAAUAAGGGUUGGAACGAAGGUGGAUACAUGCAAGCCAAAGCUUCCAUUCCGAAUGUAAGCAAAUACCAUCCGAAACAGGAGAAAACCAUGUGGUUCUCUUUGGUGGACCAUUUGAAGAAGAAAGAGCUUUUACCGGUGGUCGUGUUUACAUUCUCCAGGGCGAAGUGUGACAACAAUGCAGAAAACUUGAAGAGUCUGGAUUUAACCACCGAGAAAGAGAAGUCAGCGAUUCAUAGAUUCUUCGAAAAAUGCGUGAAGAGUUUGAAAGAACCAGAUCGCAAUAUUCCACAAAUUCGUAGAAUGCGCGAGAUCCUCGAACGCGGUAUAGGCGUUCAUCACAGCGGUAUUUUACCAAUCAUCAAGGAAAUGGUGGAGAUGCUCUUCCAGAAUGGACUUAUUAAAUUACUUUUCGCAACUGAAACAUUUGCUAUGGGCGUAAACAUGCCAGCUCGUACAGUCAUAUUCGAUUCGAUUUCCAAACACGACGGAAGGGAAAGAAGAAAUCUACUUCCUGCCGAGUACAUUCAAAUGGCUGGCCGUGCUGGACGGAGAGGUAAAGACAAGAAAGGCACAGUGAUUAUACUUUGCAAAGGCUUAUUACCAUACGCCAUGGAAUUGCAAGACAUGAUGUUAGGAAAACCGAGCCAAUUAACCAGCCAGUUCCGAUUAACGUAUGGAAUGGUAUUGAGUUUGCUCAGAGUGGAGAGUCUAAGCGUUGAAGGAAUGAUGUCAAGAAGUUUCCGUGAAGCUGAUCAUCAGAAGAAGAUGAACGGCCUUAGGGCUAAACUCGUGGAGGUUGAGAAUAAUCUCAAUAGAAACUUCAGCGGCGAACUGAGCAGUUAUUUGGAACCAUUGAUAGUAUUCUAUGAACGGGCCAAAAAGUAUUUGGAUGCUAGAAAAGAGUCACUUGAAGAUGUUAUGAAAUCGAAGAAGGUGGUGAAAGAGUUAAUUCCUGGACGUGUGGUUUUGAUAACAUAUCAACAUCACAUCAAUAAAUUGGCUUUAAUUCUAUCAAACACAAUACGGUCUAAUUCCAUUACCUUAAAAGUGCUUGUUAUAAUAGACGAAUCUGAAAAUCAGAAGAAGUCAGAAUUAUGGUAUCAAAUGUUGGCGUUGUCACGAGACAAUCUUUAUGCACCUAUUGGUGGUGUUUCAUCUCAUGAAGUACUCAGCUUGCAACCAAUCAAUAUUUUCAAAAUAUACGAUCGCAAACUGAAGAUCGACGGCGAUAUGGUGUUAAAAGAUUGGGAUAAGAGGCAAAUCCCUCGAUUCAGUGAUAAUCCUCCAGGUCCAUCCUGUAACACUGCCAUUCAGGAAUUGAUGAAAGUGCAAGAUGAGGCCAAGUCUGGUGGUAAUUUGAAAGCCUUGGACUUGAUCACCGAUCUGAAGAUCAACGAGCACAAUCUAUACGAAAACACGAAAUUCAUUAAUAACCUUAGACAAUUAGUGCUGGAUCAGAUGAGUCUGAUCAGGAUCCCCAAUUUUGAGGAUCAAUUCACUAUCGUUUAUGAGAAAAAAGUGCUGGAAGAUGAGAGAGACCAUCUGAAGUACAUGCUUUCACAUGCUAGCAUGACUCUGUAUCCCGAUUACGAGAACCGAAUCAAAUUACUCAGGGAUUUGAAAUAUGUUGAUUUGCAAAACCGAGUGGAAUUGAAAGGACGCGUUGCUUGUGAAAUGGGAAUGAAUGAAUUGAUCGUGACGGAACUCGUAUUACGAAACAUUCUUACAAAACUCCAACCUGCAGAAGUCGCUGCUCUUCUAUCUUCAAUUGUUUUCCAAGCUAAGACUAUGAUCGAUAUUAACGAAAUAGUCUUAACUGAUGAACUGACUAAUGGAAUCUUCGAAAUUAAGCAUAUUUAUGAUGAGAUCCAAGCUCUCGAGUUGAAAUACGAAAUUUGCGAGGAAAUGAACAGGGAACUGAAUUUCGGAUUAGUGGAAGUGGUUUAUGAAUGGGCCUCGGCUAAACCAUUUGCUGAAAUUAUGAAUUUGACCGAUGUACAAGAAGGCAUCAUAGUCAGAUGCAUUCAACAGUUGAACGAAACUAUUUGUGAUGUGAAAAAUGCGGCCAGAUUGAUUGGGGAUCCGGAAUUGCAGAAUAAAAUGGAAGAGGCUUCAACCGCUAUCAAGCGUGAUAUCGUCUUUGCCGCUAGCUUGUACACACAAAAGGAGAGUACAGUCUUAUAAAUUAUUAAAAAUCUAUUUUUUUUUUCAUUUUUUAAUUAUUAUCAAACUAUAUUUGUAUAUUGAAACGAAUAUGAAAUUGUUUUGCCAUAA